AGAAGAAGGCUCAAUUCCCGCAGCUCGGUCACAGUCGAGGGCAAGUUCAAGAUGGCAAUGUUCCAAGUGCCUACGCGGCCGGCAGGUCACGUCCACGCAGAAUUCAAAGCUGGCCGCAUGGAUUGGGAUGGCAGGAUGGUGACACCAGACAAGCGCAAGGGUAAAAUUCUGCUGUACACCUCCGAGGAAGACCAGCUGACCCACUUCCAGUGGCUGGACCGAGACAAGAACGAGACGGUGGUUGAUUUGAUCGUCAUCAAUGAUGCCUACCUGGAGCGGAUCCCGAAGUGCACCUCUGGGCGUGCAUACAUCCUGCGCUUCACCUCUUCAGACAAGAAGAUGUUCUUUUGGAUGCAGGAGCCCAGCACGGACAAGGAUGAGGAGAACGUCAAGAAGUUCAACGAAGCUGUGGGCGCCACAAUCCCCGACAAGACCUCAACGCCUGCGGCCACCCCGGCUGCGGCACCUGCGGCAGCAGCGGCAGCACCAGCGGCAGCAGCGGCACCAGCGGCGGCGCAGGAGAUCGAUCCACAGCUCAGGGCUGUGCUGACACAGUUUCUGACGCAGCAGGGGACGCAGAUGAGUCGCCGUCCUCUUCCUCUCACGGCGGUUCUCACAACAGAAGUGCUGCAGAGCCUCUUGACCGACCAGGCGGCGUGCAGUGAGAUGAUGGGGCACUUGCCCGACAGCCACAAGAGCCAGGAGGGACUUCAGGAGGUUUUGGCAUCCCCGCAGCUGCAGCAGAGCCUCUCAGUCCUCAGCCAGGCAGUGCAUUCGGACCAGCUGGCCUUGCUCAUGAGCUCUCUUGGCUUGGACCCGUCCGUGCUGGCGAAUGCGGAGCCGGGAUCUGAUGCUUUGGAGCUGCUGUGCAAGGCAAUGGAGGCCAAGUUCAAGGAGUGAGCAGGCCAUCUAGAAACGGACAGAGAAUCCAUGCAGAGACGGACUCGCGC